AUUGACAAACGAACGAUUCAUUCAUACAUUAAUUACGAAGCUCAGGUGCAUUACGCUGAGCUAAUCACUUACAAAUUUAGCUUCCUUGGCAUUGUUUUUUUUUUUAAAAUAGUCUUUUUGAUGUUUAAUUGAAAGUUCUCAUGGAUUUUAGUAUUUUAGUUACAUUUUUGGUCGCAUUUGGCUAUGCUUCUGCAGCCCAGGACAGUAAAUGCGAUAUUCCAAAAGUCCUACAGGGAACGUGGUUCAGCUGGGAAGUUGGUGAACCGACAACGACCACGAUUGAUGCUUGGUCCUACCAAAGAAUUGGGCCGAGUCAGGGACGCUAUCGUUUGGAAUGUAUUGACAGCAGGCGAAAUGGGUCGGAUCAUACUUUUAUCUUCAAGGGCACCGACUGCUACACUUGUGUUAAUGCAUUUCCGCGUACGCUGAACGUGUUCGAAAAGUUUGAAACACCCUGCGUUACGUUGGAGCGGAACCAAAAACCGACAAUCGAUCGAAUCUGUCGGGGGCUUCGACGAGAUCAGCAGUUGAUAACACUCUUCAACAAAAAUUUCAUUCCAAUUAGUUGUCGGUCCUCGCUGGAAGGAGUCUGGCAGUUUGCCUAUCAGAAUCGAUUCCGCUUCACUGGUGAGUGUGACAGUCAGGACGCCCGAAUUCAGUCGUGUCAAACCCCAGGUACCCAAUUUUUAAUUCAGAAUCAGAAGUUCAACAUAACUUAUCGUAAGUGUCAGGGAAUGGAAGGAACUUUCAACGGAGUAGUUGAAUUCAGUUGUCUGGGCGACUGGUUCAUCGGCAAGAACCAUUACUUUGCUGUGGUGAACACCAAGGAAUCUCGCGAGGAUGAGAAAUACCGUUGCUUUUUGAAGAAUCGUGACGAUGACCUGUAUAUUGGAGCUUCUAUAACGGCGGAAUGUAACACCUUGAAAACCGUAGAAAAGUCACCGGAACGUUAUCGAGUUACCCCCGUGAAAUCGGAGGUGGUUGAGCCAGGCUGUAGAUUCCCUCAAAAUUUCACUGGCGAAUGGAUCAACACGGCUAACGUAGACGCCGAAGUUACGAUCAACGAGACGCACAUAAUUGAGACAUAUUACCCUGAUAGAGCACGUUUUAGGAGGACAAUCUACGUUUGUCGGGAGCAACGUGAUACCAGAAUAAUGAUGGCACGUUUGACGGUCGAUGGUUGUCAGAAAGAUUAUGUCUGUUUCGAUAUUGUUCCCAGACAUCACAACAUUAUCCGAUACCGACGAGGGUUGGCCGUUAUUAAGAACGAUUUCAGUACUGUAUGCUCGUGGGUACAAUUCCCCAACAAAGAAGAAUGGCGCUACGAGCUAUUCCUUGCAGCUAAACCUGUCCCUGUACGCUGCCCGGUUGCCGGCAAAUUCAAUUUUACGCAGAAAGGUGAAUCACCGUUCAAAACUCGCAUUCUUGGUGGUGUGACACUCAGUCCUCGUCCGGAUAUCCGCUGCAAGCAGAAUAUUUCCGAUUUCUCGGUUUGCGAUAUCGACCAGAAAGAGAUGGCUAUCGAUGCCAAUUACUGUCUAUCGGUGGAUCAUCUGGGUCGUCCAGUUGACAUCUACAGCGAUCCUGAUUAUCGCAUGAAAUGCAUCGGCUAUUGGCAGGAGAAUCUUAAAUCAUAUCUCGUCACAUACGACGAUCUGGAUCCUCUGUCGAAGUAUCGCUGUUGGGUGUACCAGAGAGCUGAUCUGAAUCGAGUGCUUAUGUCUCAAGCGGUGGGAUCGUUCUGUCAUGUCAAGCAGGAUGUUACUUCCUGGAAUUACACCGAAGGAGCCGUUGUAGCCAUCGAUAUGACUGAGUACGAGCGAGAACGUGACCAAUGUCCUAUGCAUUUUGACGACGGCUCAAAUCCUUGGCGGGGAACGGAGAACUACAUCAAGAUUUUUCCUUGGUUGAUUUACCGAAGCGCUACUAGUACUAUCGGUGGGUCGAUGAACGCAUUCGUGCUAUCGUUGGCAGCACUGCUGCUGAAGUUACUGUUUUAGAGCAGUAUUGGAUAUUAAUUAGCAAUUUUUGAAUGUUUUUAGGAAGGUAAGCAAGAAUCUCAUUUUUCCGUACCACGUUUCCGUCCAGAGUUGUUCCGGGAGAGUACUCAUGUGCCUUUUAACAAUAGUGAAUGUUUUUCAAGUGAAACGAGAUAUAAUUAGUAUUAUGAUGAAAAUUUACCUCUUUGAGCGUUAACUUUGAAGUAAUCAAAAAGUCAGUGUAAUGAUUUAUUUUUUAAUGAAUAAUAAACAUUCCAAACAGAUAA